GGUUCACAAUGCCCUUGGUCUAACUGCAUGGCUGUUCCUGACUGUUAGAUACACACACCACCUCUCCUCACCCCCUCAACAUCCCCUGUUUUAUUCACUACCUCUGUCUCCAUCUCCCUGGCCUCCCCUCAUGCAAUUGGCCAGUGUGUGGUGCUCUGCCCCCAAGCUGGUUUCUGAUUGGCCUGCUGGUGCUGUGGUGCAGCUGCGGAUGCCUUCCUUUAAGAGGCAGUCUAGAGUCUAGACUGCUGCGCUGUGGCCGCAACAUCGACUCUCUCUCUCUCUCUCCUCUCUCUCUUCUCCUCUCUCUCUCCUCUCUCUCUUCUCCUCUCUCUCUCCUCUCUCUCUUCAUCUAUCUAUCUUCAUUCCUCUCACUGCAUGUUGAUCUGAUCCCUGUCUUUGUGUAUUCUGUCCCUUUCUCCUCUGUUCCCUCUCUUUCUGAUGUGAGGAGACUGCAUGCUGAAGAUGAGGGAAGGGUGUAGAUGGGACUGUCUCAGCUCUGAGCCAUGGAAUGCCCCCUCCGUCCGCCACUAGCCUGCUCUUCUCCACAGACUGACCUCCAGACACUCAGUUAGCGACACGUUGCUCCCCUCCAUCUGAACACAACCAGGAAGGGGAAGAAGUCAGUAGAGCUUCGUACGCACAGGGGAAAGGAUUUACAGCUCCUCUCCAACAUAUUAACAGCUAGCUCACCUUAGUUAGUUUGGCUUAGUUUUCCCUUGUUUUCUCUGUGGAUUUGGGAUUUAUUUUUAUAGAGAGUCAAGAUGGUGGAUUUACAGGAGUACCUGUGGAUGGUGAUCCUGGGCUUCGUCAUAGCCUUCAUUCUUGCCUUCUCUGUUGGGGCCAACGACGUGGCCAACUCGUUUGGGACGGCGGUGGGGUCGGGGGUGGUGACUCUGAGACAGGCCUGUAUCCUGGCGUCCAUCUUUGAGACGUUGGGUUCCAUGCUGCUUGGAGCCAAGGUGGGGGAGACCAUACGGAAAGGCAUCAUAGACGUCAACCUCUACAACGAGACGGUGCCUGUUCUCAUGGCGGGGGAGGUCAGCGCCAUGGUCGGGUCAGCGAUUUGGCAGCUCAUCGCCUCUUUCCUCAAACUACCCAUCUCCGGGACGCAUUGCAUUGUUGGAUCGACCAUCGGGUUCUCCAUGGUGGCCAUCGGCACCAAGGGUGUCCAGUGGAUGCAGCUGGUCAAGAUUGUUGCGUCCUGGUUCAUCUCUCCCUUGCUGUCUGGACUGAUGUCGGGGUUCCUCUUCUUCCUCAUCAGACACUUCAUCCUCAGUAAGGAUGACCCUGUCCCCAACGGUCUCCGUGCCCUGCCAGUGUUUUACGCCUCAACGAUAGGCAUCAACGCCUUCUCCAUCCUCUACACUGGCGCUCCAUUGCUAGGUCUGGAGAUGUUACCGGUGUGGGCUAUAGCUCUGAUCACGCUGGCGGGGGCUCUGGUCUGUGCUGCCGUGGUCUGGUUCGCUGUCUGCCCCUGGAUGAGACGGAAAAUAACAAGUCGCAUGAAGAAGGAGCACGCUGCCUUGUCACGUAUCUCAGACGAGUCCUUAGAUCAGAUCCCAGAGGAGGAGGAGGACACUCCCGUGUUCAAGGAGCUACCGGGCGCCAAGAUGACGGAUGACGCUGUGCUGCCGUUAACAGGUGGCACCGGAGGAGAGUCGCGGAGAGGAGAGGCCACCGGAGAGCUCAACAGCCUGGCCAAUGGAGGCACUGUCCUGCCCAACGGACGGGUCUACGGGCGGACCCACUCCAUGACCAACGGUACCCUGUCCAUGUCCAAGUCCCCACUGUCCAACGGCAGCUUCACCUUCGGUGGGGAACACAUCCGCAGCGACGGUCAAGUGUACCACACGGUUCACAAGGACUCUGGUCUCUACAAAGACCUGCUCCACAAGAUCCACCUGGGACGACUGGAGGACGACCACUCCGCCCCCACGCCAGACAACAACUACCGCCUGCUGCGUCGCAACAACAGUUACACCUGCUACACGGCCGCCAUCUGUGGCAUGCCGGUCCAGCCGCUGAUCCGCUCCGAGUCCCGCGAGGCCCGAGAGGACAGUGAAAAGCUGGUGGGGGAGGGGGAGAGGUCGGGAAGCGUGUCCUACACCAAGAAGAGGGUCCGUUACGAUAGUUACUCGUCGUACUGUAAUGCCGUGGCGGAGGCCGAGAUCGAGGCGGAAGAGGGCGGCGUGGAGAUGAAGCUGGCGUCUGACCUGGGGGGCGAGGAGGCGGGGGCUCCCGGGGCUCCCAUCCCACUGGAUGACUCCGCAGAAGAGGAUGAAGGGGAUAAGGACAAGCCGACCGUCUAUCUGCUCUUCCACUUCCUGCAGAUCCUCACCGCAUGCUUUGGAUCCUUCGCUCAUGGAGGCAACGACGUCAGUAACGCCAUCGGCCCGUUGGUGGCGCUGUGGAUGAUCUAUGACCAAGGCGGGGUGAUGCAGGACGCCGCUACCCCCAUCUGGUUGCUGUUCUACGGGGGCGUUGGCAUCUGCUGCGGCCUCUGGGUGUGGGGGCGCCGGGUGAUCCAGACCAUGGGCAAGGACCUCACCCCAUCACACCUUCCAGGUGGGCUCGGUGGUAGCGGUUGGCUGGAUCCGCUCCAAGAAGGCGGUUGAUUGGCGGUUGUUCCGUAACAUCUUCCUGGCGUGGUUCGUCACGGUGCCGGUGGCGGGGCUGUUCAGUGCCGCGGUCAUGGCCCUGUUCGUCUACGGCAUCCUCCCUUACGUCUGAGAAAGCGAGGAGAGAGGGAGAAAAGACGAGAUGGAGGGAGAGGGGAUGGUAAAGAAAGAGGAGAUGCAACGAAUGAGGCUAGUAGGAGAAAAGAGAUGGAUGGAGUGGUUAAUUAAACUGUCUAGAAGGGAGAAGGAAAGAAUUUGAUUACACGCUGCCUGGGUUCUGGUCCUGAAGAGGGUUAGAUCACACGCUGCCUGGGUUCUGGUCCUGAAGAGGGUUAGAUCACACGCUGCCUGGGUUCUGGUCCUGAAGAGGGUUAGAUCACACGCUGCCUGGGUUCUGGUCCUGAAGAGGGUUAGAUCACACGCUGCCUGGGUUCUGGUCCUGAAGAGGGUUAGAUCACACGCUGCCUGGGUUCUGGUCCUGAAGAGGGUUAGAUCACACGCUGCCUGGGUUCUGGUCCUGAAGAGGGUUAGAUCACACGCUGCCUGGGUUCUGGUCCUGAAGAGGGUUAGAUCACACGCUGCCUGGGUUCUAGUCCUGAAGAGGGUAAGAUUACAUAGGUUCUGGUCAAGAGACUUGUUGACUUCUAUGCUGAAGGAAUCUUGUUUUAUUUUUUUGUUCAAUCUUAUAAAACAACCUGCUGUACAGAUGCAUAUUACGGACAGACGUGUUACGAACAGAUACAUGUUAACACAUAGGAUUCAACUGUUUUACAGGCAAUAAUAUGAAAAGACAAAUUCAGUCAACACAAUGUUUCGGUCAUCACUAGUUAACACAGUUAAAAUUAUAUUUUAUCUUUAUAUGUGUGUAUAUAUAUAUAUAUACAUAUCUUUCAUUGCGUUAAUAGCGGCUGCCUGCAGUAGGAGACAACGGUGUAGUCGGUUCAGUAGCUAUCCUUAAUGCCCAAAAUAUAUAUAUAUAUAUAUAUAUUUUUUUUACAUAUUGUAAUAUUGGAUUACAAUGUGCUUUAGCUUUAAAACAAAAGAUGUGUGUUGUUCAACCAAACCACUCUGACCCUUCAUAGCCUACCUUUACCUUUUACUGCUCUUACAUGCUAAACAGGAAGGUAGGUCUCGUUGCCACGUCGACCAUAAAACCCUCCCAGGGUGCUGGGAUUGCAAAACAAAAAUGAUUCCAAAUGUACAGUACCAGUCAAAAGUUUGGACACACCUACUAAUUCAAGGGUUUUUCUUUAUUUAUUUUUUUACUAUUGUCUA